AUGUCACGUCGGCUUGCCUGUGUGGUGUCACUCAUCGGUCUGUUUUUCGAAAAAGUGCACUUUGCAAGAGACAGGAAGUUUGGUACUGUUUCACGGGUGACUGGGAGUCAAGCGUACUUGAACUGGAAAAAAUUUGGCAACUCGGAAUCGGAUGCACCAGGUCCCAAUGUUGCCACCACUACAGUGAGUGAUGACGUCUUCAUGACCUUCAUCUCCAGUAAAGAGGACUUGAAUGCUCAAGACCAAGAUGAAGAUCCCAUGAACAAGCUGAAAGGACAGAAGAUCGUGUCCUGCCGUAUCUGUAAAGGGGAUCACUGGACCACUCGCUGUCCAUAUAAGGACACGCUUGGUCCUAUGCAGAAGGAACUGGCUGAGCAGUUGGGUCUGUCCACGGGAGAAAAAGAGAAGGCAGCAGAGCCUGAGCCUGCCCAACCGGUCCAAAACAAGACAGGGAAAUACGUUCCCCCCAGCCUGCGGGACGGUGGUACGCGCCGAGGAGAGUCCAUGCAGCCUAACCGCAGAGCUGAUGAUAAUGCAACAAUCCGUGUGACCAACUUGUCCGAGGACACCAGGGAGACAGAUCUGCAGGAGCUUUUCAGGCCUUUUGGCUCCAUCUCUAGGAUCUAUCUGGCCAAGGACAAGAACACAGGCCAGUCUAAGGGCUUUGCCUUCAUCAGCUUCCACCGCCGUGAGGACGCUGCCAGAGCCAUCGCUGGUGUAUCUGGCUUCGGAUAUGAUCAUCUCAUUCUCAACGUGGAAUGGGCCAAACCCUCCAACAACUGA